UAUUUAUUUGCUAGAACUUAUAAGGAAUAAAGUAUACGGUGUUGAUUUUUUUUUUUUUUUUGGGGUUUUGUUUUGCUUGAAGUAUGGAUUAAGGUAAAUGCUUUGUGUCUUCGGAAACUAACCGAAAGGACAAUAAGGAAAAACAUCAUCAGACAUCAAAGAACAGUUAAAAAAACAGUAAGCAAAACAAAGGGCGAUCUCUUUGUCUUUCUCUCGAUCGAAACUCACCUUUCAGAACAAUGUACGGGAAAGCUGCAAUUGGUUUAACGUUCGUGAUUCUCUUCCUGAUUUCGUGUUCAAUCUAUGUCGGAACCGUUGAUCUCAGAUCAUACUUCUUCCCCUUACUUCAGUCAUCCCCGGUUCCACGCUCCCUCUGUGCAAACGGCCGUCCUUUUCGGGUUUACAUGUACGAUCUUCCUAGGAAAUUCCACGUCGGCAUGAUGGAUCGUCGGGGCUCCGAGGAAGCGGCUCCCGUUACCAUGGAGAAUUUGCCUCCGUGGCCCCCAAAUGGAGGGAUAAGAAGGCAACACAGCGUGGAGUAUUGGCUGAUGGCCUCGCUUCUUUAUCACGGCGACGGCGAAGAAGAAAGGGAGGCGGUUAGGGUUUCGGAUCCCGAAACUGCGGACGCGUUUUUUGUGCCAUUUUUUUCCUCGUUGAGUUUUAAUACGCACGGCCAUAGCAUGACUGAUCCUGAGACGGAGGUCGAUCGCCAACUACAGGUUGAGUUACUUGAAUUCUUGCAAAAAUCCAAGUACUAUCAAAGAUCUGGAGGCAGAGACCAUGUAAUUCCUAUGACACAUCCAAAUGCUUUCAGAUUUCUUCGACAGCAGUUGAAUGCAUCUAUUCUUAUUGUUGUAGAUUUUGGCCGCUAUCCUAGAAACAUGUCAAGUUUAAGCAAAGAUGUGGUUUCUCCAUAUGUACAUGUUGUGGAUUCCUUCACAGAUGAUGACCCUUUGGACCCAUAUGAAUCUCGAACCACACUUCUUUUUUUCAGGGGAAAUACUGUCAGGAAAGAUCAAGGCAAAAUUCGAGUCAAACUGGCAAAGUUGUUGGCUGGUAGUGGUGAUGAUAUUCAUUACGAAAAGAGCAUAGCAACUUCAACAAAUAUUAAAAUGUCUACUGAGGGGAUGCGCUCGUCAAAGUUCUGUCUGCAUCCUGCGGGGGAUACACCUUCUUCUUGCCGACUAUUUGAUGCUAUUGUGAGCCAUUGUGUUCCUGUAAUUGUCAGUGACAGAAUUGAGCUUCCCUACGAGGAUGAAAUUGACUACAUGGAAUUCUCAAUUUUCUUCUCUAUGAAGGAGGCAUUAGAACCUGGCUAUUUGGUCAGUCAGUUGCGUCAAUUUCCAAAGGAUAGAUGGGUUGAAAAAUGGAAGCGGCUUAAGAAUAUUGCCCAUCAUUACGAAUUCCAGUACCCUCCAAAGAAGGAAGAUGCUGUCAAUAUGUUGUGGAGACAGGUAAAGCACAAGCUUCCGGGGGUUCAACUAGCUUUACAUAGAAGUAGAAGGUUGAAAGUUCCAGAUUGGUGGCGGCGGAGGAGAUGAUUUCAGAACCUUGUUUUAUGACACUGAACAUCACAAUCCUUUUUUUUUUUUUUUUCAUUUAUGGAGACCUCAUUGCGGGAACAAGCAAAAGGUGCGCAGAAGUCACAAGCUAACAUCAUGGGCCAGCUUUACCGUCCUGAUGAGUUACCGUGUGUGGUUUCAAUUUUUUCCCUCCAUAUUUUCCAGCAUUAUAGUAAACGAGGUAGUCUAUUAAGAUUUAUCCUCAUUUUUUUGUCUGGCAACAGCUAAUAAUGUUUUUCAUCAUUUGGUAGUGCGGAAGUUAUAGAUAUUGUAAAGACAUAGGAUUUACAAUCUAGAAACAUGUGAAAGGUUUUCCUGAAUAGUUCUAAUUUUUGCAUUCAGAUAUUCUGUAAGGUCAUUCAGUGAAGUUAUCAAGCUAAUUCAUGUACCAGAGAAAACUUGAAACUUUUUUAACUGUGAAAA